AGUCUCCUAUGUAGAAUCAAAGAUGAUACUCCGUGUCGUUUGCAUACUGGCGCUAGUGGCUUUAGCCACUUGCGUCAAUCGCGGAAGUCUAACAUUCGUCAUCGAUGAUACUUUAUCAAUGGGACCUACUAUAAGAGAAGUGAAAACAGCCUCAUUGAAAAUUAUGGACAUCGUGUUCAGUAAGCCUACCACGCCCAUAGAAGACAUUGUUCUAGUGACGUUCAACGAUCCAACAUUUGAGUUGAGAGUAAAAACCAGAGAUAAACAAGAGCUAGAGAAAGCUCUCAAUGCGAUCCACGUUCACAAUGUCAACAACAGAUGGUGUCCCGAGUACUCUUUAUCGGGUUUGGAGCUUGGACUAUUGAACGGUCUUAACAAUUCCUUUGUGUUCCUAUUUACCGACGCUGCAGCUUGUGAUGAACACAAAUGGAAAUCUGUCAUAAAUACUGCUCAGGAGUUGCAAACUCAGGUGAACUUCAUAAUAACACCUUCGCAUUGCAACACUCAGAUCACCGACAACUACGUGUACCACAAAAUUGCAGCUCAAACAAAUGGGCAAAUAUUUCAUCUAAAAAGUACAACUGAAAUCCAAGAUUUGUUCAAAUACGUGGACACUGUUAUAGCUGGCGAAAGAACAGUAAUUGUUGCCCAAGUAAUUCCUGCAUACACGCAUGUUGAUAUACCAUUUACUGUCGAUGAGCAAACGGAAUACGUGGUGGUGUCCGCAUCAGGAAAAGAUGUCAAAUUGGACGUAACAGGACCUAUUAAACAUUAUGAACAUUUGACAUGGGUCAAGAAUACUAAGAUGAUGAAACUAAAUUAUCCGGAACCAGGCAACUACACCGCAAAAGUGUUUGGCAGUUCAUCCACAUCGGUCAUGGUGUUCGGUCGCACUGAUUUCACAUUCGAGCACGGCUUCUCUACGGUGCCAGCAUCGUCACUCAGUUCCUCAGACAAACAACCCAUCGAUGAUUCAACGUAUUAUCUGCUUAUAUCCGUAACGGACCCGCUACAUUCGGUUAAAAUAAACAAUGUGAUAUUACGAUCUAUGGAUGGACGAGAUCUCAAAAUGUUACCUUUAAAGAAGGUUACAGUUGAUUUCUAUACAACAGAUCAAUUUAAAAUACCUAGUCGUACUGAUUUGCUCGAUAUUGUGGUCACAGGCGUAGGUAUUAAAACACAUCGGCCGAUUCGAAGAAAAAGUAAAACUCCAGUUGUUGUAAGGAAACAAGAUAUUAAACCAAGAAUAACAUUAGACAAAACAACGGUGUCCAUUGAUUACAACAGUGAGGUUGUCAUAGUUUGCAACGUCAAAGCGCACCCAAAACCUACUAUAAAAUGGUUUACGGAAUCACACACGCCUAUGAUAACGAAAGAAUGGGCAAAUCCUCCAUAUGAUUACGGAAGCCGGGUGACACUAUCUAAUGUGAAGAAAUCACAACGAGUGAGGUGCACAGUGGAGAAUAAGUUUGGAACGACUUCUCAAGAUUCUAAUGUUAUAGUCAAAUCUCCUUUUAUUGUACACGACGAACCUUUGGAUCAAACCAAGCACAUACAUUACGGAAAAUCAGGUACAAUUCACUGCAACAUUAAGUCAAAUUUUAACAUGCAAAUAAAUUGGUUUAGAGCAACCCGAAGUAACAAGUUAGAACUUAUUGAAAAUUCACCGAAGUUCUCAAUAUCAAAAGAUGAAACUGAGCUAACAAUUAAAAAUAUGAGUGAAAACACUGAAGGAAAAUAUGUUUGUGAAGCAUUUAUAAUUGGAGACGACAGUACUAAACACGUAUUAUCAAGAAAAGUUCAUAUUCAGAAAGCCGCACCUGCAAUAAAUGUGGAUAAAGAUCUUAUAGUAGUACCUGAAAAUAUUCCAGAACUACGCAUCAAGUGCAAUAUUUUAGAUGGAUACCCACGACCAACUGUCUCUUGGUUGUUCAGAAGUGGUUCAAAAGACUUCCGUCAUAUACCUGGAGAGUCAAGCACCGAAUUGAUACUUAAAAACAUCGAUCUUGAAAAAGCUGGAAACUACACAUGUAUAGUCAAGAAUGAAAUCAAAAGCGUAUCGCGAUCUAUAAACGUUGUAGUUGAAGUAAAACCUGUCAUAGAAAAAGGGAAUGACGUGACAGUGAAAGAAAAUGCGUCUGCGACUUUGGGUUGCAGGAUUAUGAAGAGUUAUCCAAAAGCGUUGAUGUCAUGGGAAUUCAAGAAGGCAGGUUCAGAAACUUUCAUAAAACGACCAGAAAUCGGUGAACAUAUCACAAUUCAGAAAGCAAGCCUUCAUGAUGCGGGCAACUACAAGUGCAUUGCUGACAACGGCAUCGGAAAAGCUGAACAAGUCAUUGAACUGUUCGUUGAAGUAAAACCUGUCAUAGAAAAAGGGAAUGAUGUGACAGUGAAAGAACAUGCGUCCGCGACUUUGAGUUGCAGGAUUAUGAAGAGUUAUCCAAAAGCGUCGAUGUCAUGGGAAUUCAAGAAGGCAGGUUCAGAAAUUUUCAUAAAACUACCAGAAAUCGGUGAACAUAUUACAAUUCAGAAAGCAAGCCUUCAUGAUGCGGGCAACUACAAGUGCAUUGCUGACAACGGCAUCGGAAAAGCUGAACAAGUCAUUGAACUAUUAGUUGAAGUAAAACCUGUCGUUGAAAAAGGGAAUGAUGUAACAGUGAAAGAAAAAGCAUCCGCGACUUUAAGUUGCAGGAUUAUGAAAAGUUAUCCAAAAUCGUUGAUGUCCUGGGAAUUCAAGAAGGCAGGUUCAGAAACUUUCAUAAAACGACCAGAAAUCGGUGAACAUAUUACAAUUCAGAAAGCAAGCCUUCAUGAUGCGGGCAACUACAAGUGCAUUGCUGACAACGGCAUCGGAAAAGCUGAACAAGUCAUUGAACUAUUCGUUGAAGCACCACCGAAAAUACAUAAAGAUAAGCCAGUGCAAACUGCUGUUGAAGGUGACGCUGCUCUCAAAAUGCUAUGUAAUGUUACGGGGUAUCCGAAACCUAGCAUUGUCUGGACUAGAGGCGGAAAUACGAUCAAGCCUGAUGGUGAAAAAUAUAUUAUUGUUGAUGGGAACCUCAUUAUUAAGAAUCCAUUAAAAAGUGAUAACGACUACUAUACUUGCGUAGCUACAAAUAAAUUCGGAACAGAUCGCAUUACAGUUGAAACAUACAUAACACCAAUUAUUGAAUUUGAUGAAGAUCGUGGUGAUGAAAAAUACAUAUACAUUCUAAAAGGAGAUUCAAAACAACUUGAAUGUGGCAACAAUACACAGGAAAGAAUCUUUUGGUAUAAGGAAAAUAUCCCCGUAAAUGAAUCAAGAACAUUUACAAUAAAGGACGCAACUUUCUAUGAUGAUGGUAAUUAUACUUGCCGUGUAAGUACUCUGGAUAACGUUACAGCCCAAACUUACGUAGUGGACGUGGGCUAUCCUCCUGUAUUUCUGGAUAAAGUAAGCACUAAAAUAAAUUGGGAUGGAGACUAUCAACAGCUACGAUGUGAAGUAAGAAUGAAACCAGAAGUGAGAACAGUAAAGGUUAAGUGGACAUAUAACGGAGAAGCCUUAAAAACAAUGUCACAAGUCCAGGAUAUUAUCGGAUGGGGCAACUACACGUGUAAAAUCUCCAACAAACACGGCGAAGUGCAAAAAAGUUUCUCCGUUUAUUCCAGUGAUUGUUUAUUAAGAAGAGAUUCACCAAACGAAAAUAUGCCUGUUAUAUUCGAUAAGGAUUCGAUGUGGCCCGAAUUUGACGCUGUGCGAAACUAUUUUAUAUUACACACCAAUUACGAAAUGAAGUUAUCUUGUAACAGUCAAGCUGAACGACAAAACAAUUUUAAGAACUUCCCUGGACAACAUGAAAUUGUAGCAUUCUGCGACCGUGAAGAUAAGUUUACUGUAGGAGAUAAAACCUACAAGUUUGAUGACCUUGUCUGCGAAUAUCCAGUGCUACCUACUUUUCAAUCUACGGGUGACAAAUGCUUACAAAAGAACACAGAGUUGAUUAAAGUUGGUUUCGGAAAUGAUAAUUUUGUUGAAGCGUAUGAAGUAUGUUAUGAUAGAAUCAAUGAGAAUGCGCUGUACACACGCACAGAUAUGUCGACGCCAAUUAAUUUGCCUGCGUUAACAGAUCGUACUUGGAAAAAAUAUACUUUGGCUGCUGAUGAUGGAUAUUACAACUGUACAGGAGAUGCGACCUGUUGUUUUGCUAGGGCUCAGUUAUUAAAUGCUCAAGACGUCAAGUACGGGCCACCUCAAGCAGCAACUGAUUAUAUUCGACUGAAUUCUGUUCCUCUUUGGCGUGCAUGUGGUCCUGACCAGUUAACCUGGGAUGCAGUAGAAAAGACAGUACGUGAGAUUUUGUUAGAGCUUAAUACCAUAAGAGUAUGGACAGGAGCCAGUGAAUACACAGCGAGAGUCGGUGAAAAGUCACCCAAUAUACAGGAUAAGCCACGAUAUUUGUGGAAGGUUCUCAAGUCAGAGGAGCUGGCGCUGGUCAUCGUUUACAUAAACGACGCUUUUGCGACGUCGAGUGACGUACGCUGUAAGGGAACAUGCCCCGCAGACGUGCCUUCCAGCACCUAUACUUACUGCUGCGAACUUCAUGAAUUCUCCAAAGCGUUUGGUAUUCCGGAAAGCGUUUUUAAUCAAAACUGAAACUUGUUCAGUCUUCUUUAUUAUAUUUAAACAUUAUUACUUCCAAAUGUAAACGCGCUAACAAAAAGCGUAGAGCAAUAUCGAUUAUUCAUAAUGUGGUGGAGAAAUUUAUUAUUUCAUUUGCAUUACUAUUGCUAAUUAUAC